CUCAUCGACCACACCGCCACCGACGCCGACGAGGGCACCAACGGCGAGGUGCUCUACUCCUUCAGCGGCUACGCGCCCGAGCGCGUGCGCGACCUCUUCAGCAUCGACCCGCAGAGCGGCCUCAUCCGCGUCAAGGGCAACCUGGACUACGAGGAGAGCGGCCUCAUCGAGAUCGACGUGCAGGCCCGCGACCUGGGGCCCAACCCCAUCCCCGCCCACUGCAAGGUCACCGUGCGCCUCAUCGACCGCAACGACAACGCGCCCGCCAUCGGUUUCGUCUCCGUCCGCCAGGGGGCGCUCAGUGAGGCCGCCCCGCCGGGCACCGUCAUCGCCCUGGUGCGGGUCACCGACCGCGACUCCGGCAAGAACGGGCAACUGCAGUGCCGGGUACUGGGGGGCGGUGGGGCUGGCGCAGUGCCCUUCGCUCUGGAGGAGAACUACGACAACUUCUACACGGUGGUGACCGACCGGCCGCUGGACCGCGAGGCGCAGGACGAGUACAAUGUCACCAUCCUGGCCCGGGACGGGGGCAAUCCCCCGCUCAACUCCACCAAAUCCUUCUCUGUGCGGAUCCUGGACGAAAACGACAACCCACCCCGCUUCAGCAAGAGCCUCUAUGUCCUGCAGGUGCCUGAGAACAACAUCCCUGGGGAGUACCUGGGCUCUGUGCUGGCCCAGGAUCCAGACCUGGGCCAGAAUGGGACUGUGUCCUACUCCAUCCUGCCCGGGCAUGUGGGCGAUGUCUCCAUCUACACCUACGUCUCCGUCAACCCCACCAACGGCGCCAUCUAUGCCCUGCGGAGCUUCAACUAUGAGCAAACCAAGCACUUUGAGUUCCGCGUGCUGGCCAAGGACUCGGGCUCGCCCCACCGCGAGAGCAAUGCCACCGUGCGCGUUACAGUGCUCGACGUCAACGAUAACGCACCCCUCAUUGUCCUGCCUGCCCUCAUCAAUGACACGGCGGAGCUACAGGUGCCACGCAAUGCUGGUGUGGGCUACCCCGUGGGCACUGUGCAUGCCCUGGACAGUGACUUCGGGGAAAGUGGGCGCCUAACAUACGAGAUCGUUGAAGGCAAUGAGGAGCACCUCUUUGAGAUGGACCCCACAAGUGGUGAGAUACGUACUUUGCACCCAUACUGGGAAGAACUCAGUCCUGUGGCUGAAUUGGUAGUCAAAGUCAGUGACCAUGGCAAACCAAGCCUCUCAGCCGUGGCCAAGCUGAUUGUCAGGGCCUUGGCUGGACCUCUGCCUGAAGCUGGUGAGCCACAGGUGAAUGGAGAGCAACACCGGCGACCACACUGGGACCUGUCGCUGCCCUUGAUUGUGACCUUGAGUACUGUCUCCAUCAUUCUACUAGCUGCCAUGAUCACCAUUGCUGUGAAGUGCAAGCGGGAGAACAAGGAGAUUCGCACCUACAACUGCCGCAUUGCUGAGUACAGCCAUCCCCAGCUGGGAGGAGGGGGUGUUAGCGGUGGGGGAGGAGCAGGAGGAGGCAGUGGUGGGGGCAAGGGCAAGAAGAAGAAGAUCAGCAAGAAUGACAUCAUGCUGGUGCCCAGUGAGGGUGAGGAUAGCAGAGGCCCCCUCAAUGUCAUGAACGUAGUGAGCAGCCCAUCAUUGGCCACCUCACCCAUGUACUUUGACUACCAGACCCGCCUGCCCCUCAGCUCACCCAGGUCUGAGGUGAUGUAUCUGAAACCUGCCUCCAACAACCUGACUGUGCCCCAGGGACAUGUGGGCUGCCACACCAGCUUCACAGGGCAAGGGACUAACGCCAACGAGGCUCCCCCGAGCCGGAUGUCCAUAAUUCAGACAGACAAUUUUCCCGCAGAGCCCAAUUACAUGGGCAGCAGGCAGCAGUUUGUUCAAAGUAGCUCCACGUUCAAGGACCCAGAAAGAGCCAGCUUGAGGGACAGCGGGCAUGGGGACAGUGAUCAGGCUGACAGUGACCAAGACACUAACAAAGGCUCCUGCUGUGACAUGUCUGUUAGGGAGGCACUCAAGAUGAAAACUACUUCAACUAAAAGCCAGCCGCUUGAGCAAGCAUUCCCGACUUUGCUUUCCUUUGCUAUCCUCACCCUACACACCAUCACAAGUAGACUUCAGUCUGUUGAUCUGCUUCUGCCAGAACAGCAAGGCAGAGGCCAAAGACCCAUUGUUGGGAUCUGUGGACCAGCCCGCUGUGAGGAAGGAAAAUUUUCAGAACAAGAAGAGUGUGUUAAUUGCACAGAUGAAUGCAGAGUGCUCGGUCAUUCUGACAGGUGUUGGAUGCCACAGUUCCCUACAACCAAUCAGGCUGAAAAUGCAGAUUAUCGCACAAAUCUCUUUGUACCCACAGUUGAAGCUAACGUUGAGACUGAGACUUACGAAACUGUGAAUCCCACCGGGAAAAAGACUUUUUGUACAUUUGGGAAAGACAAGCGAGAGCACACUAUUCUCAUUGCCAAUGUUAAACCUUAUUUAAAAGCCAAACGUGCCCUGAGUCCUCUUCUUCAGGAGGUUCCCUCAGCAUCGAGCAGCCCAACCAAGACAUGCAUUGAGCCUUGCACCUCAACAAAAGGACCACUGGAUGGUUGUGAAGUGAAAGCAGGAGCCUUGGCUGAACCAACCAGCCAGUACUUGUCAACUGACAGUCAGUAUCUAUCUCCUAGUAAACAGUCAAGAGACGUUCCAUUCAUAGCUUCAGAUCAGAUGGCUAGGGUCUUAGCAGAUGUACAUUCCCGAGUGAGCCGAGACUCAAGUGAGAUGGACUCUGUUCUGGAGCAGUUAGACCGUUCAAAUCGGGAUCUAGGGAGAGAGUCCGUGGAUGCAGAGGAAGUUGUGAGAGAAAUUGACAAGCUUUUACAGGACUGUCGUGGAAGUGACCCUGUAGCUGUGAGGAAGUGAAAAAAAGUAUAGGCUGGCAUUUACUAGCCUCUUCUGCUUAUUUGAAAAAAAAAAGAAAAAAAGAUCGCCCCUGGUUAUAACAGUUUUACAGGGAUGAAGGAAGACCAAUGCUGCUUUAAGGCUUUUAGUGAACAUCUGAAGUGCCCACAAGUAUGUUCUUUUCACUGCUCUUUCUUUUUCACAGAAAAUACUGGUUUCGUUUUGACCAAACUUUCAUUAGGACCGUGUGAAGUACAUUAAGAACCAAGAGAAAGAAGGAAAGACGGUGCCAUUUUGACAAUCUGAUAGGAAGGUAUGAGACAGGAGGAAUAGAACUACGUCUGAUAUUUUAAGACUGUCCUCAAUAGUUGAUGCUGACUUUACUGUUUACCUAUAAACCCCAUGAAAAGCAGGGUUGAAUCAUUCUGAUCUGUGGUGAAUUUCCAACAGUCACCACAGUCUUCUACUGAAAGUCCUAAAAAAAGUUUUUGUAGUAGUCCAAGCUACACCAAACAUUAACACUCAUUUGUGGUAAACAUUUCUGUAUAAAGUUAUUUGUCACAAAAAUGAAACAAAAACAUGAACAAAAGUCAUUCCAGAUCAUUAUUCAACAAAAACAUAUCCUGGUCAUUAGUAACACACUUCAUAUCAUAUUAAAGUUAUAUGUAAAAUGAUAUAGUCCAUUUUGUCCUGCACACACAUAAGCUAAUUCACUUGAUAAAAAGAAACAAAAGUUUUAAUACCUACUUAGCAUUUUAGUGUCCAACAAAAAUAUAAACAGUUAGCACUAAGUUAGAAACAAACCUGAUGUAUAAUACAGGUUUUCAAAAUUGUUACCUUUGAAGGGUAAUACAUGACACAAAUUAACAUUAUUAACACUUUUUUAUUAAUUUGUGGACACUAAAAUAGCUCAGGAAAGUGAAAAUGUCUUAGACAUCUACACAAAUCACAUGACCAUUUAAAUGUGCAAAUGUAAGAAGAUUCAAUGUGUUUACAUCAAAUGACAUAUUUUUAUUGAUUUAUUGCAGAUUCAGUGCAUAUGAGCCAAAUUGUUAAGUGUAUAAGAGCUAUAUUGUGUAUUUUAUUAAAUUAAUAUAUAGUUGUGUUGCAAAAAUAUUUGGGCUUAUAUUGUAAAUGGCAAGUGUUGCCUCAGUAGCUGUCGAACUCUAUGAGUUUUGUUUUCUCCUGCUUCCUUUUCCCCAUGGAGUGUGGGAAGCAGUGCCUCAGAGCAAAGUCUCUUGUUUAAUGUAUGGUCUACAAAGUACUUCAGUACAUAAUCUGUUCAGAAUGUGUUUGAGUGAGCUGAUGGAGCUAACUGAACGGCCUACAAAUACAACUAUCAAUCAUGGUUAUGUGCAAGUCCUUCUAUUGCAAACCCAUGUUUAAUAACAAAAAUUACACUUGAACCAACACCUGAAACCUCCUUGUUUUUUUUUCCAAGCACAUACACAGCCACGUUUAGAUAACAUAUUCUUGGUUGAAAUCACCACUGAUCCUAAUAUUUAAUAUUUUAUGCUACUGUUAAGUCCAUAGAGUAUAAAACUGUGUCAGAGCCUGUGUGAUACAAGCACUGUUUUUUCUGGUUUCUUGGAAAAUGCUAUAGUUUACAAAGACGUUGGGUGUGGGCUGCUUCUUUUUAGUUGGUUUGUUUUUAACUUUUAUUUUUAAAUUGCUUUGUUUUUGUCUUGUUGAAAUAAUUUGCAAAAUAAUCUCUCUCCCACUUUCCCUCUUUUUAACCUCUACCCUUCUGUACUAUGUUUAGCAAAUUUCACAAUUGCUUCUAGACACAAAUUGAAAAAAUACACAUUUACAUAUUUGCUUAAAAUGAAACUAGCACAAGCACAAGAAACAGCAGCUGACAAAAAAAAUAGACUAAAAUUUUCCUCUGGGUAUUUUAAAUACUCUCUAUAACAUAGCACCAUGAUAUACAAUUCUAGAAAAUGAUGGUUCUGGAUUACACAAAAUAUCUUUAAUUUUAUUGAAAAGAGUGAAUUUACUUCACGUUGGCCAUAUCAGAUCCCACAAGGCCAUACAUAAAUAAUCAGUUCAAGAAUAUUAGUAUUCACAUUAAUAUCAGUUAAGAAUAUUAAUAUUGAUAUUAAUAUCAGAAUAUUAAUCAAUUCAAGAAACAGUGUUGUCCAAUAUCUGGUUGUGAUGUUGUGUAUUCCGUGUAAAAGGUGUUCUCAUCUAGUCAAUCAUACAAUGAAUUGUCUUUGGUUAUUGAAAACCAGCCAUUCCAAAAGUUUGCUCUCAGCUUCUGUUGUACAAAAAGUCUACAAUCAUAUAUAAACAAGGGAUGAGGUACAUGUUUUAUCAAGCUACUUUCCAUAAUUUGGACAAGCUGUGUUUUUAAAAUGUGUUGUUGUCUGUGUUCUACAGUAUUAUUUUGCCAAGAGAUUCAAAGUUGAUUUUGCUUGAUAGCUAAAAUUCCAUGGCAGAGAAAGGAUUCCUUUUUGGUUUGUCUGUAGUUUAUCCAUAUUUCCCUGGUGUCCAUCACUUUAGUUUAUGAUCACCAUGCUUUUAAUUCAGACAGUGAGAUCCUUUAUUCAGCUAAGCCUAAACCACUAUAUAAAUGUAGUCAAGUGAGGGAGGCUUGUGUAUUUUUUAAACAAUUUUAACGCUGACUAACCAAUUGUACAAUUCAUUGUAAGUGUCUGAAAACAUAAAAAUACAACAUUCUAAGAAAGGGCUGUGCCAGCCGAAAAAGAAAAUUUACCUUAAGGCUCUCUGUCACUAGUGAUUUACUAGCUAGAGCUGUUUAAAACAUUAUCUGUAUUUAGUAGUGAUUAUUUAUUUACCGGUCUGAGGUAAUUCGGAAUUCAUGACUCACAGCUUUAUAGCUGAGUUUAGGAAAUCUUGUGGGGUUUUUUAACUUGAUUUGUCCAACAACUGCCUUGUGUUGCAGAUUUCUGGCAUAUUGCUUCCAAUGGGUGUGUCUAGACCUCAUCCCUCUUUUCACAGAGGAAUGUAAAUUAGACACUUUGAAAUUGC